GGUCACGAGGAUGAAGUGUUUGUUCUGGAGCCACAUCCCUUUGAUCCGAGAAUCCUUUUCUCAGCGGGGCAUGAUGGGAAUUGUAUCGUGUGGGAUCUAGCCAGAGGAGUGAAGAUCCGCUCCUAUUUCAACAUGAUUGAGGGCCAAGGGCACGGAGCGCUGUUUGACUGCAAAUGCAGUCCAGAUGGGCAGCACUUUGCAGCCACCGAUUCCCACGGUCACCUGCUCAUCUUUGGUUUCGGCUCCAGCAGCAAGUACGACAAGAUAGCAGAUCAGAUGUUCUUCCAUACCGACUACCGGCCACUGAUCCGGGAUGCCAAUAACUACGUGCUGGACGAACAAACUCAGCAAGCUCCACACCUAAUGCCCCCUCCCUUCCUGGUGGAUGUGGAUGGGAAUCCACAUCCACCAAGAUACCAGCGGCUAGUGCCCGGAAGGGAGGACUGCAGGGAUGAGCAGCUGAUUCCUCAGAUGGGGGUCACUUCCUCAGAGUCAGCAGAUUAG